CACGUGCGUUGCACGUGUCUUACAGAGAUCCAGUUAAAACCCUUCUCCAUUUUCUUCAGUCUCUCUCUGCAUUUCGCUCAGCUCACUGAAACCCUAAGACGCCGAGCAUUGAAUCCCAGCUCUGAAAAAUCUUGUUGAGUUGUGCAAAAAGGAAAAGGGGAAGAUGCCUUUGUAUGACUGUAUGCUUUUGUUGAAACCCCAUGUGAAGAAGGAGGCUCUCAUGGAGUUGGUUUCUAGGGUAGGAAAACAUGUUUACAGAAAAAAUGGGGUCCUCACUGAGGUUAAAUCAUUUGGAACUGUUCAGUUGGGUUAUGGUAUUAAGAAGCUUGAUGGAAGGUACUACCAGGGUCAACUGAUGCAAAUGACUAUGAUGGCUACACCCAACAUCAACAAAGAGCUGCAUUACCUUAACAAGGAAGAUCGGUUGCUGCGCUGGCUUGUGGUCAAACACCGAGAUGCAAAAUAUGGGCUGGAAUUUCUUAGCGAAGAGGACAGCACAAGUGAACUCAGUAAGUUUCCUCGAAGCGCUUUAUUUGAUAAUGAAGAUAUUGACGAGGAAGAUGACAACGAUGAUGAAUAUGCCGUGGAAGAAGAAGAAGGCAAGCAGGCAUAAGCUUCUAGCCUUUGGUUCCUCUAACGAAGGUCGUUUAUCUCCUCUUUAUGGCGGCGAGUUCGGGAGCUAGAGCUCACCGAGUAUAUUCGCUUUUUCUUUUGAGGUCCACAUCUUGAAGUGUUUGGGGUCUUGUGGCACAGAUGGUAGAGGGUGCCACACCGAAGUGGUUGAAUGCUUCUAUUGACGGGGUUAGCCAUCGAUGCAGUCGUCAAGCCAUGUUGUGCUGGGGGCUCUUUUUGCAUUGACUUGUUGGUUCACGCUUUGGUUAUUCUUCUUUUGGUCUUCUCCAGCGAAGGGAGGUGGAGGUUCUCUUAUGAUGGUGGUCAGCUGGUUGUCAUCUGAGCAAACUCCAUUUUCUUGUUGAUAUUGUGAACGUCUACGCAUCUCGAAACAAUAGAGUAAUUUAGGAACUAACGUAGUUAGUGCUUGUUGUUCCCAUAAAUGGCGCCAAACUGUUGACAUCAAGAACUCGUCAGCCAAGCUAUGGCCGAAAAAUCUAAGAUUUUAGGCGAGAUAAGAUUAAAGUGUUUAUGAACUCAAGAACAUGAAUGAAUUGCAGAGAAGUGAUGGAGAAGAAGAAAUAGAAAUUUUUUAUUGCUAUCUAAGUGCCUUGCUUACAAUGAUUUUCCAACUCCUGUCAAAUCUGAGGAAAUGAGUAUUUAUAAGUGAGCUCUAUUAGCUCUCAUUUACAUGAUGAUCCUCUAGUGGUCCCCAAAUGUCAGGGGAAGGACGUCCUACUCCUCCAGGUCACAGUUGUAAUAGGUGGUCUUGCAACAUUGUUGUGAAAAUUCUAAUACACAAGUAUACGUAGUUGAAUCAAGUUAUAUAAUGAUAAGUAAUGUAUCGUUCCCACAAAGACUGCAAUUAAUUACCAAACAAUUAAAUUUUUUAAAUUC